CUACACACUAAACAUAAUCAUGGCUGGCAAAGGUAAAGGAAAGAAAAAGGAAAAGAAGGAAAAGGAAGAAGGAGAUAGUAAGAAGGCUAAGAAAGGUGGCGGCAGAGGCAAGAAAGGCAAGAGUAAGGGGAGAUGUAACGUGGAUAUGUUGACUGAUGCGGCGAUGGACAACGUGUACUAUGGGUGCCACAACGUGCAGGAGCUGCUGCAGGCCAGGGGGUUCCAUCCGCCGGACUUCAACAAGAAGAAAAAGAAGGGCAAGAAGUAA